AAAUGACGUCCACUUUGAUUAUGAUAAAAAUAUUCCUUCAGAAUUAUUAAAAUUAAAACAUUUUGUAUUCUACGCUAUUUUUUCUGCUAAUUAUGAUUAUUUAGAAUUAUUAUUAUCUCAUUGUUGCUCUAAUCUAGAAUACUUAUCAUUGAAUUUACAAAUUGAUCAAUUUAUUGAUGGUGAACGUUUAGCAAAAAAGUUAUUAUCAAAACUAACAAAAUUGAAAGUAUUUCAUAUGUAUUUUCGUAUUCGAGUUGUCGAUAAGUUAUCGAACAUAGACGAUUAUAUCCAAACAUACAAAUCGUCUUAUUGGAUUGAUAGGCGAAGGAUGAUCUGUCGAAGCUGGAUUGUAUCAUGUAUGCGACAAACAAGUACUGAAUGCGUUUGAUGAGUUAAAAAACAGAACGAAAAGAAAAAUACACGAAUUUUCUGUACGGAAAUGUGUACAGAGAAAAACCGCUUUUGCGCUGUUUUUUUAGUUCUUCGCCUAAAAAACUCGCUCAAAACCUCACAAAGAGCCUUGAAAAGAGGUUUUUUGUUGGUUUUGCGAUGUGCUCUUUCAUAUGGACAGAUCAAAAAAAUUUUUGUGCAAAUGAUUUUUCGGCCU